CGGUGCUGCAGUCACUUAGCAGGCGUCUCUGUGUGUCUGCAAAUUCUAGGGUUGGUCUGCAAAUCGGAAGGGCAUGGCGAUCGCACAAGAACUCUACCCAAGUCAAGAUGACUUGUUAUACGAAGAAGAACUGCUCAGAAAUCCCUUCAGCUUGAAACUAUGGUGGCGUUAUCUAGUCGCACGAACCGAAGCACCCUUCAAGAAACGAGCAAUAAUCUAUGAAAGAGCUCUCAAAGCUUUACCAGGAAGCUACAAACUCUGGUACGCUUAUCUUCGCGAACGCCUCGAACUCGUUCGAAACCUACCCAUCACACACUCACAGUACCAAACCCUAAACAAUACUUUCGAAAGGGCUCUAGUCACCAUGCACAAAAUGCCCAGAAUUUGGAUUAUGUACUUACAAACCCUUACGGAACAAAAAUUGUUAACCCGGACUCGUAGAACCUUCGAUCGUGCACUUUGCGCGUUGCCGUUGAUGCAACACGAUCGAAUUUGGGAACCCUAUUUGGUGUUCGUGAGCCAAAAGGGUGCCCCAAUUGAGACUUCACUUAGGGUUUAUAGAAGAUACUUGGACUAUGACCCGUCCCAUAUUGAGGAUUUCAUUGAAUUUUUACUGAAUUCGGGUCUUUGGCAAGAGGCGGCGGACAGAUUAUCUGGGGUGUUGAAUAAUGACGAGUUUUACUCGAUAAAGGGGAAGACUAAACAUAGGUUAUGGUUGGAAUUGUGUGAUUUGCUUACACAACAUGCCAUGGAGAUUGCUGGGUUGAAUGUGGAUGCCAUUAUUAGGCAAGGGAUUAAGAAGUUCACAAAUGAGAUUGGACGGCUCUGGACUUCUUUAGCGGACUAUUAUAUUAGGAGGAAGUUGGUGGAGAAGGCAAGGGAUAUUUUUGAAGAAGGGAUGACUACGGUUAUUACCGUAAGGGAUUUUAGUGUGAUAUUUGAUGCAUAUUCGCAGUUUGAAGAGAGUAUGCUUGCUUUGAAGAUGGAAGAGAUGAGUGAGAGUGAGGAGGAGGAAGAAAAUGGUGAAGUGCAUGCUGUUGAGGAUGAUGAGGAGGAUGACCGCUUGAAUAUGACGGAGUUGGAGAAGAAGCUUAAGGGGUUUUGGCUGUGUGAUGAUAAAGAUGUUGAUUUGAGGUUGGCACGAUUAGAAUAUCUUAUGGAUAGGAGGCCAGAACUGGCCAAUAGCGUUCUUCUUCGUCAAAACCCACAUAAUGUGGAGCAGUGGCAUCGGAGAGUAAAACUUUUUGAGGGUAAUCCAACUAAGCAAAUUUCGACUUAUACUCAGGCAGUGAGGACUAUUGAUCCAAUGAAAGCUUUGGGAAAGCCUCAUACUUUGUGGGUUGCAUUUGCCAAGCUGUAUGAGAGCCAUAAAGAUAUUGCCAAUGCCCGAGUGAUUUUUGACAAGGCAGUACAGGUCAAUUACAAAACUGUGGAUCAUCUGGCUAGUGUUUGGUGUGAAUGGGCAGAAAUGGAACUAAGGCACAAAAAUUUCAAGGGAGCUCUGGAACUGAUGAGGCGUGCGACGGCAGAGCCUUCAAUGGAUGUCAAACGGAGAGUGGCUGCUGAUGGAAAUGAACCAGUGCAGAUGAAACUGCACAAAUCCCUUCGGCUUUGGGCAUUCUAUGUGGACUUGGAGGAGAGCCUGGAUACCUUGGAGUCAACUCGUGAAGUUUAUGAGCGAAUAUUGGAUCUCCGAAUAGCCACGCCACAGAUUAUUAUAAACUACUCAAUGCUUUUGGAAGAGCACAAAUACUUUGAGGAUGCAUUCAAGGUUUACGAGAGAGGGGUGAAAAUUUUUAAAUACCCACAUGUCAAGGACAUAUGGGUCACUUAUCUUUCCAAAUUUGUUAAAAGAUACGGGAAGUCAAAACUGGAGCGGGCUAGAGAGUUGUUUGAACAUGCAGUUGAAAUGGGGACAAUGGUGGACCAAUCUCUUGCAUUGGCUGCCCUCUGGUUUUUGCUGUUUAGCCUAUCCUGGAUUUACCCAGCCCCUGCUGAAGCUGUGAAGCCUUUGUAUCUGCAAUAUGCCAAGUUAGAGGAGGAUUACGGACUAGCAAAACGAGCCAUGAAGGUUUAUGAUCAAGCUACAAAAGCUGUCCCAGCCAAUGAGAAAUUGAGCAUGUAUGAAAUUUACAUAGCUCGUGCAGCAGAGAUUUUUGGUGUUCCAAAAACAAGGGAAAUUUACGAGCAGGCGAUUGAAAAUGGUGGUCUUCCAGACAAGGAUGUGAAAACCAUGUGCAUGAAGUAUGCUGAGCUCGAGAAGAGCUUGGGAGAAAUAGAUCGUGCUCGUGGAGUGUAUACCUAUGCAUCUCAGUUUGCAGACCCACGAUCAGAUGCUGACUUCUGGAAUAAAUGGCACGAGUUUGAGGUGCAGCAUGGGAAUGAAGACACUUUCCGAGAAAUGCUUCGUACUAAACGGACUGUUGCUGCAAAAUUUAGUCAGACAUACUUAAAUAGGCCUGAAAAUAUGAUGCAAAAGGAUCAGAAGCUGAACCCUGAGGAAAUAAUGGGUGAAUUGAAGGCUGCUGGAGUCCCUGAUGACAAUAUGGCUGCACUUGAAAGACAGAUAAUACCUCCAGCCAACACUAACAUCAAAGAUGACUUCAAGAAACUGGGCUUCGUGAGCGCUGGAGUCGAGUCACUCAAGGAUGGAGAGCUUAAGGUCACUGCAAAUAAGGAGGACAUUGAUCUGCCGGAUGAAAGUGAUUCUGAAGAUGAUGAGAAGGUUGAGAUUGCACAGAAGGAUGUUCCGUCAGCAGUUUUUGGGGGUCUGGUUCGGAAACGGGAGGAGACGGACGAAGAUGGGGCCAAUGGGGUCGCCGUUAAAAAGAAAGAUGGUGACAGCGUUCUCGGUGCUCUGGAGAGAAUAAAGAGAAUGAGGCAAAGUUAA